UCAGACACGCCCAUCAAGUCAUCAACCAAUCGUAAAUUCUCUCAGACCCUUGUAGACCUAUUUAAAAGUUUUAAGCUCCAUCAGGUCCGCUGGGGAAUUCCAAAAGAUCCUCGAAAUUGGAGCAGCAAGCAGGUACUUCAGUGGAUUUGCUGGGCUUCAGAUACCUUUCACUUUGAAGGAGUUGAUAGGUCAAAGUUUAACCAAUCAGGUCGUGACCUCAUUAAUCGGAGUAGAGAUGCUUUUAUUAAAUUGGCUCCACCUAAUGUGACGGAUGUUUUAUGGAAACAUUUGGAGUUUCUGAAAAGAGGUUGGUCGUGUUCAAUUGGUAAGGUAAUUUUUACUUGCUACAAAUAA